AUGGAGAGAAAACUGAUGCUGUUCUUUCUAAUUCAGACUGCAUCUGCAGCCUCAUUUGACAUACAAUUCCUGGUGUCUUAUGGGAUUCAAAGUCUUCCUGAAUACACAGAUGUGCUAUUUGUGGACGAUAUCAUCAUGUUUUAUUAUGACAGCAUAUCUGAAAUAGGAGAACCCAGACAAGAUUGGGUGAGAACAAUAAUUAAAGAAGACCCACAAUACUGGGAACCACAAAUGGAGUUGAGCAAGCAAUGUCACUUGAGUAUGAAAGCCACCGCAGAAAGUUUUAAGCUGCCAGCAAACCAAACUAAAGUUCAUGUGAUACAGCAGAUACUUGGUUGUGAAGUGGAUGAUGACACAAAAGAAAUUACUGCUUUCAACCACUAUGCCUAUAAUGGUGAAGACUUCAUUUCUUUUGACUUCAAUACAAAAACAUGGAUUGCUCACCAUCCAAGGGCUAAGACUAUCAAAGAGCAAUGGGAUAUACUCUAUGAGAGCAAUAAAGAAAGAAGAAACUUUGCCUUAAUAAUUUUUCCUUUAUGGCUACAGAUAUAUUUGCGUUAUGGAAAUAGUACUCUACAUAGAAAAGAUCUUCCCUCAGUGUCUCUCCUUCAGAGGACUCCCUCUUCUUCAAUCAAUUGCCACGCUACUGGCUUCUACCCAGAGAAAGCUAUAAUCUUCUGGAGGAAGGAUGGAGAGGAAAUUCAUGAGAAUGUGGAGCAUGGGGAAAUCCUCCCCAAUCUUGAUGGAUCCUUUCAGAUGUCUAUAAAACUGAAUGCUUCAAAUAUUCCAUUAAAAGAAUGGGGAAGGUACGACUGUGUAUUUCAACUCUCUGGUGUUCAAAAUGACCUUAUCACCAGACUGGACAAAGAUGUGAUCAGGACCAACUGGAAGGAGGGUGAAGAAAACCUAUCUGUGACAAGCAUAGCCAUCAUUGCAACAAUGGCUGUUCUUACUGUCCUGAUCAUCCCUAUUAUAGGAUUUUUUGCUUAUAAAAAGAAAAAGGCUGCUGAACCCCUUAACACCCAAUAA